UGUUAGCUGUGAAUUAGUAAAUUAUUUUAAUGAUUAAUUAUUUAGUUAAUCAAAUAAUUGUUGUUGCUGUAAGUAAAAAUGUGUGUAUUGACAGGUGGGUCUGUCAACGUCUUGAAAUACAAUCAAAUCUUAAUUAAUCUUCAUAAACACAUCAGUUGAUAAGAUUUAUAUAUUACGACAGCCCUAAUAAAUAUGUUCAAGUUAUUUACUAUUUUCCGACACAAAGCACCAAUUUAUUAUAUUUUUACCCAGUUUUCUCUAACUGAUGCCAAAAAAGUAUUCCACAGCGUAAAACAAACACAUUAUCUAGUUGUUUGUUCUUCUGCAAUUAUUUGACUUUUGCUGUUAGAGAACUUUCCAGUUUUUACACACUUUGUUUUGGAAUGUACACACUAACGGAGUGGAUGGUGUAUGACUACUGAAGGACUUGGAUCACACAGCUAUGCCUGGUGAGGGAUGACAGACUGUGAUCUGUCAAAGCAACUGUAGUCAAAUCAAAACAUCAAACUUUUCUUCGUGCGACAGUUUGGAAGCUAAACAGAAAUACCAGUCGAGUCGGUAAUCAGUUCACACGACAUGAUUUUAUUAAAUUUGGCUGACAUCUGACUGACUGAGGUCAGGUAUUCUCUGCUCCUUUCACACACUUUACUCCUCAUGCACAAACACACUUUUGUGCCAGCCGGCCGCAUCAACUGUCUUCACCUGGGAAUCUGGGUAAAAUCUAUGAAAAACAUCUCAACAUACAGACGAGCAUAUUCUGCAAACUUUUUUUUCAUUUUUUUGUUGGGUUUUUACCUAACUGUUGCAUGCUUUGACUUACAUUACUGCCACUUUUUUGGGCAAAUCCACAUUAAUUAUUUUGGACACAAAUGUUCUUGUCAACUUUCAGGAGAAAGAGAAAAUUCUGACAGAGAAAGAUGACUGACGUUAACAAGUUUUAUGUUUUUUUUUUCAUGGUAAUUUCCAGUGAAAACACUUGCGUAAAUUAAGAAUGUACUGCUAUCAAAGGUAACAUUGUCUUUCUAUGUGGUGUUUACACAGUUCCUUCUACAGUACUAGUAAAGAGGAAUGGCUUAAAACAUAAGUACAUUUGUUCUACUUACUUCCUUAUAGUGUCUGUGAUUCAACAUUACAAAGGUUAAUUAUUAUAUUCCCAUAAUACAUAAUUGUAUAAUUCUGCUCUGGCAGAGAAUGCUGUCUGUACUUCCCCCUUCCUGCUUGUCCUCAGGUCUAAUAGUCCUCUCAUCAAAACACCUCGUGGUAGGAGUCUCUCUUGUGGUUAGUCAGUCAGUGUCUUCAUUCACUCACCAAAGCUGAUUGAUAUGUUUUUGCAACAACAUUGGUCAUACCAUUUUUUGCAUAAUUGUCAUUACAAUGGAUUCUGAGAAUUAGAGACGAGCCAGAUCACUGUUGUUGUGGCUGUGAGGAGUCACACCUGUUCCGUCCAAUCAGGCAGGCUCUUCCCCUGUAAUGGGUGUGUUCAGCUGACAGCAGAGUGGGUGGAGAAAGAUAUGAAGUCAAGCUUAAGGCGGGUGAGAGGCUAAAUGCAGCAGCAGUCGUGGACAGGGACAUCCAAGUGUCGUGUUCUGACCAGAAGGAAUGGAGUCACAGAGAUCAUAGUUGAAGGCUGUUGGUUUGCUGACUCGGAGACACCCACCUUUCAAGAACUGGACCCACUCUACUCAACUUCUGCUCCUGCGGCUGCUGCUGUUGGUGUUGUUGCUGCUGCUGCUCCUCUACCAUAAGCACUGAACAAGACACUUGUUGAAGACAGAAUGAUUUUUUGUGGAGAGAAUCUGUGGAUGUCCAGCUAAUUCGACGUGAGCCAGGUUAUUACUCGCAGAUGUGUGCAGUCAUGAAGUUCAGUCAGUGUGUACUGCAGGACCUACCAGGGAACGACAACAACAAAAAAGAGUGGAAAUGGCACUUUCAGGACCCUGCCAGCCAGAGACUGACAUGGAACAAUCCACCAAAAAGUGUCCUUGUCAUUAAGAAGAUCCGAGACCCCAGCCUUCUUCAGCCUUUCAAAGAGCUCUGUGUGUUCCUCACAGAGGUGAAGGACAUGGUUGUUUACGUAGAGAAGAAAGUUCUGGAAGACCCAGCCAUAUCUGCAGAUGAAAACUUUGGGGCCAUUACUAAGAAGUUCUGCACUUUCAGAGAAGAUCUGGAUGACAUCUCCAACCGUGUGGACUUCAUCAUCUGCCUCGGUGGAGAUGGAACCUUGCUUUAUGCAUCGUCUCUCUUUCAGGAGAGCGUUCCUCCGGUGAUGGCCUUUCACCUGGGGUCCCUAGGCUUCCUGACGCCUUUUAAAUUUGACACAUACCAGUCUCAGGUCACCCAAAUUAUUGAAGGCAACGCUGCUAUUGUCCUGCGAAGUCGCUUGAAAGUCCGUGUUCUGAAGAAGAACUGGGAGAAGAAGGCCCAGAUGGAUGAACAGGGCAUCAUCCUGACCAACGGGGACAGUGAGAACAACCACAAAGCCAUGCAGUAUCAGGUAUUAAAUGAAGUGGUGGUGGACAGAGGACCCUCCUCCUAUCUCUCUAACGUGGACCUCUUCCUGGAUGGACACCUCAUUACCACAGUGCAGGGAGACGGUGUAAUAGUAUCAACACCUACAGGAAGUACUGCGUACGCAGUGGCAGCCGGAGCUUCCAUGAUCCAUCCCAACGUUCCAGCCAUCAUGAUCACACCCAUCUGCCCGCACUCACUCUCCUUCAGGCCCAUCGUGGUACCUGCUGGAGUGGAGCUCAAGAUAAUGCUGUCUCAAGAUGCCAGAAACACGGCAUGGGUGUCAUUCGAUGGAAGGAAAAGACAAGAGAUCUGCCACGGAGACAGUAUUACCAUCACCACUUCCUGCUUCCCUGUUCCCUCUAUCUGUUUCCGGGACCCAGUUAACGACUGGUUCGAGAGCCUGGCUCAGUGUUUACACUGGAACGUGAGGAAGAAGCAGAACUACCUCAGCUCAGAGGACGAGGAUUACUGAGGACUGUUCCAUGGCCUUCAAGCCCCCCCCCCUCCAAGGUCUUCAGGGCUGUAGGUCUACAGUUGUUAAACAUGACUUUACUCAAACUCCAUUCAAAAAAGAAAGAGUGGGAAACUAUGACGUUAGUUUAGCCUCCAGUUAAUCUGACUUGGAAGAAAAAAACAAUAUCAAUACUUGAAAAAAAAUUUGCAACAAUUUAAGUUUUAGUUUUCUAAAUUGAUUUAUUUUUAUUUAGCUUUGAUCAGUUUUUACAGAUGCUAUCCUAAUUGUUUUGGCUAACAGGCUUUGAUUAUUAUACUGAUAAAGCAUACGUUCAGUAGAAACUAGCUGUUUUGUUACAGUAUUUGUUAUGUUGACACAAAAGAGAAUCCCCAGAAACGAUGACAUAACUCUGUUAUUUGAGUCCAAAGCCGUGAGUUAGCUAACUGUUUGCUAGCUGAGAGAAUUUAAAAAUGCUAAUGUUAUUUAGACAAUAAAUAAUAAAUUAAAUACAGUAAAACUAGAAUAAACAAUUUAAAAAUGUAUUAAUGAAAUGUUGAGUUUGAUUCAGUUAGAAAAAUGGAUUUAAAUAGUUUAAACAAAGCUAAAAUAUGAUUAUAAAUCUUUCACUUUUUUAUCUAGAAAACAAAACAAAUUAGUGAAAUUGAGAAAAAAUUAUGACACUGCACGUUUACACACCUUUACGUACUCAUGAGGGCACUUUAUGAUUUUGUGACAUUUUGAUGUAAAAUAGUCAUUUAGUUAAUGACAAGAAAAUGUUUACAGCUAGUGGUUAGUGAGAGACCCCUGAAAAAUAAACUGAACAGUUACCUAAAAGAUGACAAUCAACAUACAUUAAAAUGUAUGCACCAACUAUAAAUUAAUGAAAAACUGUUUAAAUCAACCUUUAAAAAUUAUGUGUGUUAAGUUGAUUUUUGAAUAUUUGUUUUUUGAAUGGAGUUUGGUAUCACCAGGUGGUUCAGGAUUCUCACAGUACCCUGCCUGUUAAAAAAUAUAUAAUUUUUAGUAUGAAUGCAAUUUAUCGAAUUGUAGUUUUUGAUGGAAAAAAUGCGACGAUGGCUGGGAUAAUUUUGGGUGUUUCUCUCUCUGUGGAUGGCAGUGACACCAGACGAGGCCUUAUUUUCACUCUGUUCUGGUGAGAACAUCAACAGUGAAGGGCAGACCAUAAAGGAUUUUUACAAAGUUGACAGUUUUCUUCUAAAAAUCAGGUACACUCCGAGACAAAUGUUUGCUCCUGAUAAGGAGCAAAUUUGCAGUACAUUGACUCACCAGCAGUGGCCCCCACUGCACCAACUGUAGUGCCUUAACCACUGCUAUUGUUCAUUGAUAAUGUUAUUUUAUAGAUGGAUAGAUAGAUAGAUAGAUUAUUUUGCUAAAAUCACAAAGUUGCAUCUGUGCAUUUUCACAACACCUUUUUUUUAGCCGGCACAGUUGUGUUUGUGGAAAAAAUGUUAAAAGGUUGAAUAUUGUCGUCUCUGUCCUGCAGGCACUUGGACAAACGUCUCACUAAAUGUUCAUUCCAGAUUAAGAUAUGAUGUCUUUUGAAAAAGCCAUAGUUGACCUGUGUACAUUUUUAAUAGUCUCCCUGUGUGUGUGUGUGUGUAUGUGUGUGUGUUGCAGAGGUGAAAAAGACCAAUGUGUGUCUAACAAGGAGUUCCAUUGAGGUUGUGCUCCCUUUUCUGUCAGUACAAAGCUAACAUUACAUAUCAGUUCACAUACGAUGUCCAAACGUUAACUCAUCUACAUAACAUGGAAGUGUGUUUGUGCUGCAUUGGCUGGAAAUGAUGAACGUUGAGGACCAACCAGGCUGUAAAAAACAAUCAUUCCUUUGACUCUGUGUAAAUACCUAUGAUUCUCCAAAAAUAAGAUGUAUUUUGUCACAUCUUCUUGUUUAUUAACCAGUUUACAGUGUGUCAUUGCUGAAAAUAAAUAUAUUUGGUACAGGUUUUUUGUUACAUGGAUUUGUUAAACUUUUGUCAAAGGCGUAACAUUUUACCAGUUCUGAGCUCAGUCUAAAAUUUCCUCUAAUUUCUAGUUGAUCAGAAGUUCAAUUCAGUAGAAAAUAACUGUUUAAUACUUGAUGGUUGUUUAAAAGCCAAAGUGACUACAGACCAACAGUCUGCUUUACAGAUGAAGAACUCUUCAGACUGUGAUGAAAUGCUCCUCUCAAAGUGCUUUUCACUUUUAUAAUUCUGUUUUUCUUAUCACUAAAGUUUAAUCAUGUUUCAAAUAUAAACCUUUUUUUCCUUUGUGUAGCACUUAAUAAACACAGAGAAAGUUAAAACAG